AAUUCCUUUCAAAUAAGACAUCCGGUUCCGGUGGUCUAUUCCUGUUCUUGUAUUUUUUCCGUUUAUGUAAUUCUAACCAGAAAUUAGCGCUCCACCCCUGGCUAUCCCUCUCAACGAAGGGUAUCUGGUGAGACGACAGACUGAAGACUAAAGAAUGACAUGAUCAAGGAUAUAAGGAUCUUGUUUAUGUAACUUCACUUCUAUCAAUAUGAAUUAUUUCUUGUUAAUUGCAGUUUACUCCAUUAUGACUGACUCUGUAUAACUUUUUACACUCUUCCUGUGAUGGUGUCACAGCAAAGUUUACUGAGACGUUCCUCUUUCUUACAUUUAUCUAUUUAUGGCUUGGCCGUAACGGAAUUAUUUCUGAAUUCAAGACUGAAUUACAAGAAAAAUAUUUUUGUCUUUCAGCUGAGACAUAAUCAAGUUUUGAAGAAAAUAGCAUUUUUGAAAAUUUUUAGUAGAAAUAUAUCUCUUGAAAAUUACAGAGGAAACGUAGUUUUCUAUUUUAUGAAGAUUCAACAGUAUGGAAGAGAAACUUAGUGAAAGUCAGAUACAUAAGGAAAAAACACCUGAUAGUAAUGAUGUCUCUCAUCAAACAGGAAAGAUGUACAGGUGUGAUGUCUGUGGAAAGUCUUUUAAAAUAAGAAAAUAUUUCACUCAACAUAAAUUGAUGCAUACAGAUUCAAAAUUGUUUGGCUGUGAUAUAUGUGGUAAAAAAUUCUCUUCGAAUGAAUAUUUAUCUAACCAUAAACAUCUUCAUACAGGUCUGAAACCAUACAACUGUAGUAUUUGUGGCAAAGUAUUCUCACGAAAUAGGGAUUUAUUGACACACAAACGUAUUCACACAGGUGAGAAGCCAUUCCAUUGUGAUAUUUGUGGUAAAACCUUCACUGUAAAUGGUUCUUUAUCUGUACACAAACGUAUUCACACAGGAGAAAAACCAUACCACUGUGAUAUCUGUGGUAAAAGCUUCUCUGCAAGUAGUUCGGUAACAACACACAAGCUUAUUCACACGGGUGAGAAACCCUAUCACUGUGAUCUUUGUGGGAAAGCAUUCUCUGUAAAUAGUAGCUUAUCUAAACACAAGCGCUUUCACACAGGAGAGAAGCCAUAUCACUGUGAUAUUUGUGGUAUGACGUUCUCUCAGAGUUCUAAUUUAAUGGCCCAUAAACGUAUUCAUACAGGAGAAAAACCGUAUCACUGUGAUAUUUGUGGUAAAAAGUUCUCUACUAAUGAAUAUCUAUCAAACCACAAAUAUAUUCACACAGGGGAAAAACGAUACCAUUGCGAUAUUUGUGGUAAAGCAUUCUCCCAAAGAGGUAAUUUGCUUUCCCAUAAACCUCUUCAUUCAGGAGAGAAACCCUACCAGUGUGAUAUAUGUGGUAAACAUUUCUCUACAAAUCAGUAUUUAUCUAACCACAAGCGUAUCCAUACAGGAUUGAAGCCGUGCCCCUGCGACAUUUGUGGUAAAGCUUUCUCUCGAAACAGUCAUUUGAAUGAACACAAACGCAUUCACACAGGUGAGAAACCAUUCCAUUGUGAUGUUUGUGGUAAAUCGUUCACUAUAAAUGGUCAUUUAACUAAACACAAACGUAUUCACACAGGAGAGAAACCAUAUCAAUGUGGCGUCUGUGGCCGGAUGUUCACCGAUAGUUCUACUUUACUCACUCAUAGACGAAUCCACACAGGAGAAAAACCGUAUCACUGUGAUAUUUGUGGCAAAUCUUUCUCUGCCAAUGAUUCUUUAUCCAAACACAAACGUAUUCACACGGGAGAAAAACCAUAUCGUUGUAAUAUCUGUGGAAAAGCAUUUUCUGAAAGUAGUUCUGUAUCAACACAUAAACGUAUUCACACUGGUGAGAGGCCAUAUCACUGUGAUAUCUGUGGAAAAACAUUCACUGCUAGUAAUUCAUUAUCUACACACCGAAGUAUUCACACAGGAGAGAAACCAUAUGAAUGUGAUAUAUGUAGUAAAGCUUUCUCACGCACUUGUAACUUAUUGCGACAUCGGCGUCUUCACACAGGAGAGAAACCAUAUCACUGUGAUUUCUGUGAUAAAACAUUCACUUCUAGUACUGACUUAAACACACACAUACGCAUUCAUACAGGAGAGAAACCAUACAACUGUGAUAUCUGUGGUAAAUCAUUCUCUCGAAGUGGUCAUUUGUUGAACCAUAAACGCAUUCACACAGGUGACAAACCUUAUCACUGUGAUGUAUGUGGUAAGGCAUUCUCUCAACAAGGUCAUCUUCUAGCCCACAAAUGUUUACACAAAAGAGUAACUACUCCUCUAUGACAUUUGUUAAUGUUAAUCAGUUAACUCGGUAUAAACAAAUAUGUUUGUAGACUCUCUUACCACCCUCCUCCUCCUCCUUUCUUAACUGGGCUUGGGACCAGCUAGGGCAGAGUUCCUUCAAAAGUUAUUCUUAAGAUAACCAUCUUCGACCCCAUCAUCAACACACUUCAACCCCUUCCCCCCACACAAUUUGUCUUGUCUUUCUGUCUUUCCUACACUCACCUCUGCUCUUAAGAUUUGGCUGGUUUCAGUUGAACUCCACUCAGGCCCAGGCCUUCCUCACUCACACGCCUCUCCUCUCAUCACUCAUAUUGUUUAGCCAUCCUCAACGGCCACACUCAACACUUCAUCCCUAGAAUGACAAGAGACUUCAUUAAAACUUAUGAAAUAUCAUCACUGGAUAUUAUUUACAUAGUAGUUUUUUUUUUAUAUCACUGUUGUUUAAUGUUGUUGAAAUUGUUUUGAAUAUUUUAGUUUUGUUAUGUGAAAUGAAAAUAAAAACCUGGCUAUAAUUGCUACCUCUAUAAAGUUGUUGUUGUGUUGCCCCAAGUCAGCACUUAAAAAAAAAAUUUUUUUGUCUCGUCUAGAGGAAAGGAUUGUAUUCAUGGCUUCUACGAGACCCUGAGACCAACGAAGUUGACACUUAAUGUUCUGCUUGAAUUGUUAAAAGAAUUGAUAAUGUGGGGAGGUAACUCAAGACAGACAACAUUCUGAAAAGGAAGGAGUUUGCAUAAUGUUUAGUGUGUUGUCCGGUGUGCAAAGUGGUUGCGUUAUGAGAAUCAAGAGUAUGAGUGAGUUGGGAGGUUUGGAGUGUAGAUGGCAUCAGACAAGUCAGCUCUGAAGACCAGCUAGGGUAGCGUUCCUUUAAAAGUUAUUCUCAAGAUGAUUAAAUCAUAAGAUUACAGACAUCUUCGACCCCAUCACCAACACACUCCAACCUCUUCCUCACACAUAAUUUGUCUUUUUUGUCUUUCCUACACUCACCUCUGCUCUUAAGAUUUGGCCGAUGAGCAGAAAGCACAGUAGCAGCAGUUGAAGAGGCAGAAAGAGGAGCCAGGAUAUCUGAAGGCCAGAAGUUGGGUGGUGUUCAUGAGCAGUUGCAUGCCAGUCUGUCAGGUAACUUUGGAAACUGUUGAGGAUAUCUAUGUGUUGUGUGUGUAGUAGCAGUCCUGUCCCAGUAGUACUUCUUCAUUGUGGCUGAGGCUUUGUACAACAUCAGUAAUUGGGGUGAGCUUCUAAAGUAUUUCCUGGCUCUGAAGAGAUGGAUCACUCUUAGUUAUGUUGAAGAUGUGUGUUCACCAGCAGAGAUCCUCAAUGAUGAUGAAGCCCAUCAUUAGUAUUACUCAUGAUGGUUCUGGUUGUGUGUUGUACAUGUUUGGUGAGGUGACUGUUUUCUUGAUAAACACAAUUUCAUUAUCAUUGCUUUAAUGCCUGCUUGUCAUUGCUUACCAGGAACGGCUUGAAUUUAUUAAAGCAAAUUUUCUGUGGUCAGAUGCUCUUCUUGUUGCCAACUCUCACUUGUUUCCAUGCAAGAUAAUAUUUUCCCAUGGCUGGGCAUAUUUUUGGAGCACAUUGGGAAUGAAUGGCACUACUUGUAUGACAGUUGCACUCAUUUACAACUACCACACAAUGUCAAGGCAAGUACAAGGAGAUACAAACAUACACA